CCGUUGGAUGAACAUUUUAAAUUUGAUCUUACAAUCGUUGACUCUCAUCAUCAUCACCUCACACAAUGUUGUUAUCACACGCGCCACCACUAUCUUUUCUUCUCACCACAUUGCUCCAUUUUCAUCCUCGUCACUCUUCUCGCGCUUUAUCAUCAAUCCCUCUUUUCUCAAAACCUCUUACACUCUCCCUUUCACGACGGAGCUCACGCAUUCAAAUGAACGGAGUAACCAUCGCCACCGUUGACUCCUCCACCUCCUCGCCGGAUCAUGUCACCGGAGAUUGGUUCUCCGUACCUUCACUUCGUCUUCGUGAUCACAGAUUCACUGUCCCUCUCGAUUACUCUCAAGGCCCACAGUCUUCGUCUAAGAUCACCGUUUUCGCUCGUGAAGUUGUUGCAGUUGGAAAAGAAGAGCAAACAUUGCCAUAUUUACUAUUUUUGCAAGGUGGUCCUGGGUUUGAGUGCCGACCGCCAACUGAAUCUAGUGGAUGGAUUCAAAAAGUUUGCGAACAGUUCCGUCUCAUCUUAAUGGACCAGCGAGGAACAGGCUUAUCAACUCCUUUGUCUGUGUCAUCAAUGUCACAAUUCAAGUCUGCACAGGACUUAGCUGACUUCUUAAAAUAUUUUCGAGCUGAUAGUAUAGUAAAGGAUGCAGAGUUUAUUCGAGUUCGCCUUGUUCCAAAUGCUGGACCGUGGACAAUUUUGGGGCAGAGUUACGGUGGAUUUUGCGCAGUCACAUAUUUGAGUUUUGCACCACAAGGACUGACGCAAGCCCUUCUGACCGGUGGAAUUCCUCCAAUAGGACAGGGAUGCACUGCAGAUUCAGUAUACAGAGCAUGCUUUGAGCAAAUUAUGCAUCAAAAUGAGAAGUACUAUAAAAGAUACCCUCAGGAUAUCAAAAUUGUUCAAGAACUUGUUAACUAUUUAGCUGAACAAGAAGGAGGAGGGGUGGCCCUUCCUUCUGGGGGCAUCUUAACCCCAAGAGGGCUGCAGACUCUUGGUCUCUCUGGCUUAGGAUCUGGAGCUGGUUUCGAGAGCAUGCACUAUAUGUUUGAGAGAGUGUGGGAUCCUACUUUAGUUCCGGGAUCACCUAAGAGAAUAAGUCACUACUUCCUAAAUGCUUUUGAAAGCUCGAUAUCUGUUGAGACAAAUCCACUGUAUGCUCUUCUACAUGAAUCCAUCUAUUGUCAGGGUUCUGCUAGUAAAUGGUCUGCCAAUAGAAUAAGGACUGAAGUUGAAGACAAAUUUGAUGCAAUUAAAACUGCUAAAGAAGGACUCCCUGUACUUUUUACAGGAGAGAUGAUUUUCCCAUGGAUGUUUGAUGAGAUUCAUGCCUUGAAACCGUUCAAAGAUGUAGCUCAUAUACUGUCCGAGAAGAAGGAUUGGCCCCGAUUAUAUGACAUUCAGGCUUUGAACAACAACAAGGUACCUGUUGCAGCCGCCGUUUAUUAUGAAGACAUGUAUGUGAAUUUUAAACUGUCGAAGGAAACAGCUUCUCAAAUAGCUGGGAUCAGGCUAUGGAUAACUAACGAGUUCAUGCAUUCUGGCUUGCGUGAUGACGGGGGAAAAGUUCUUGAUCAUUUGUUGGGAAUGUUAAAUGGAAAGAAACCUCUAUUUUGAUCACCACUGUUACUAUUCUCUCCCAGUCCCACCAAUGUUUUAUGUCCUAGCGUUGCCUAGCCUUUGGUUUUUUGAACUUUUUUAUUUUCUUCUAAAUUUCUAGAAUUCAGUUCUUCACAUUAAUUUGUAAGAACCUAUUAUUAUAUUUGCUGAAAUAAUCUCAGGUUGGCUAUAGUUGUAAAUUAUUUACUAUCAUUUUAGGUGUUCUUUUUUGUAGAAAAUAAAAUUAUUUAUAGUUAUUAGUAUUUAUCAA